AUCCAAAGCCCAAUCCACAUCAUUUUGAGAAGGCCCACCAUUUUACACAAUUUCUUUUACGGGAAAAGAAAAGUUCUAUCGAAGUCGCACUGAACUCAACUAACUAACCGGAAAACGCAACCGGAGUUUAUCACCGGCCGCCACAAACGGAAAAAUGAGACCUACGGAAUUACUUAGGGUUUUGAACAAGCAAUUUCUCGGAAUCGCCGGCGACACUGCAAAUGCCAUUGCUAAGAAUCUUCCAUCGUCGUCGCCUAUCGUGUCGCGUAAACCGGCUUUUAUUGAUGCAUUUCUGCAUAAGAUGAAAAAGAAUCCAGAACUUCUGAAAAACAAAACCAUUUGGUCACGGAGAUCUACUAUUUUGCCGGAAUUUGUUGAUUCUCAGGUCAAGAUUUACAACGGAAAAACAACAAUUCGUUGUAAGAUCACCGAGGGAAAAGUCGGUCAUAAGUUCGGUGAGUUUGCUCUCACUAGGAAACGUAAAUCUAGAGAUCAACCUAAUGCUAAAGUUAAGCAACUCAAGAAAAAGAAGUGAUUAUUUUAAGUAAUUGAUUUUAUGGAUAGUCGAUAGUUUAUAGUUUAUACUCGGUUAUUUGCAUCAAUGUGGAUAUAGAGUAUGGCUUAUUUAUGUAUGAAGUAUUUAAGUUGAGUAUUGAGAAUAAGGAUUUUGUUAAAUUUGACAAUGAUUGAUGUUGAAUCAAUUGGGUUCAUCGACAUUUUGGCUGUUCUAGUUUAACUCAUGGAAUGAUUUAUCAGUCGUGGAAUGAUUUAUGAGGAA